AGAGCCUGUGGCGCGCGGGUGUGACGUUCCGCGCGUGUACGUCAGCACGCGCCCAGCUGGGAGGAGGCGCGAGCCGAGAAAGGAUCUCGUAGUCUCCAGUGCGGCAGUGUGUCCACAUGGCGCUGUGGCGCGGCUCUGCGUGCGCCGGCUUCCUGGCGCUGGCCGUGGGCUGCGUGUUUCUGCUGGAGCCGGAGCUGCCGGGCACAGCGCUACGCUCGCUCUGGAGCUCGCUGAGGCUGGGGCCCGCGCCAGUGCCCCCGGGAUCUCUGUCCCCAGAGAGCCGGCUGGCGGCCGCUUGGGAUGCCCUCAUCGUGCAGCCCGCCCGGCGCUGGCGCCGCGUGGCUGUGGGAGUCAAUGCCUGUGUGGAUGUGGUCAUCUCUGGCGUGAAGCUCCUGCAGGCACUCGGCCUAAGUCCUGGGAGUGGAAGAGACCAUGCUGUUCUACACUCAAGAAGUGAUCUGGAAGAAGCCUUUGUCCACUUCAUGGGGAAGGGAGCUGCUGCUGAACGCUUCUUCAGUGAUAGAGAGACCUUUCAUGACAUUGCCCAGGCUGCAUCUGAGUUCCCAGGAGCCCAGCACUAUGUAGGAGGAAAUGCCGCUUUAAUUGGACAGAAGUUUGCUGCCAACCCAGACUUAAAGGUUCUUCUUUGUGGUCCAAUUGGCCCAAAGCUACAUGAACUUCUUGAUGACAAUGUGUUUGUUCCGCCAGAGUCACUGCAGGAAGAGGAUGAGUUCCACCUUAUUUUAGAGUACCUGGCAGGGGAGGAGUGGGGCCCGUUUAAAGCUCCCCAGGCCAACCGGUUCAUCUUCUCUCACGACCUCUCCAACGGGGCCAUGAAUAUGCUGGAGGUGUUUGUGUCUAGCCUGGAGGAGUUCCAGCCUGACCUGGUGGUCCUUUCUGGAUUGCACAUGAUGGAGGGACAAAGCAAGGAGCUCCAGAGGAAGAGGCUCUUGGAGGUUGUGACCUCCAUCUCUGACAUCCCCACUGGUAUUCCAGUUCACCUAGAGCUGGCCAGUAUGACCAACAGGGAGCUCAUGAGCAGUAUUGUGCAUCAGGUCUUUCCCGCAGUGGCUUCUCUUGGGCUGAAUGAACAGGAGCUGCUGUUUCUCAGCCAGUCAGCAUCUGGACCCCAUGCUUCUCUCUCCUCUUGGGAUGGCGUUCCUGAUGUGGGCAUGGUCAGUGAUAUCCUCUUCUGGAUCUUGAAAGAACAUGGAAGGAGCAAAAGCAGAUCGUCAGAUCUCACCAGGAUCCAUUUCCACACGCUGGUCUACCACAUUCUGGCAACUGUGGACGGACACUGGGCCAACCAGCUCGCAGCUGUAGCUGCAGGAGCUCGUGUAGCUGGGACACAAGCCUGUGCCACGGAAACCAUAGACACCAACCGAGUAUCUCUGAGAGCACCUCAGGAGUUUAUGACAUCCCGUUUGGAGCCCGGCUCCAGGAUUGUAUUAAACCCAAAUAAGCCAGUGGUGGAGUGGCACAGGGAGGGGGUCACUUUCCACUUCACACCCGUGUUGGUGUGUAAAGACCCUGUUCGAACUGUAGGCCUUGGUGAUGCCAUUUCUGCUGAAGGCCUCUUCUAUUCAGAAGCAUACCCUGAUUAGGAAUGCUGUAGACAGUUAUAUGAGGAAUGAAAGCCACCCAUCUUAAGAAUUCCAGGACGAACAUAGCUUGGGAAAUAGGCUUGUGGGUGUCAGAACAGUUCCUAGAUCUAAUUGGAAGGCAGCCAAAGAAAUCACAGCAGAUUAAACUGCACAGAUACAUUCCAGCCUGUUGGCAGCAUAAAAUCACUUCAGGUAUAAUCGAAACGUAGCUAUCUACUAACGAGACUGGAUUUUUGUUUUUUGUGUGUGCUACAAAGGUUAAGAACACCUCCCUGGGGGAUUGGGGUUUAGCUCAGUGGUAGAGCGAUUGCCUAGCAAGGGUAAGGCCCUGGGUUCGGUCCUCAGCUAAAAAAAAAAAAAAGAACACCUCUCUGAAUCCCCAGUUGAUGUACCAUGACUCUGGAGAGUCUCCUCCGGCCGCAGAAAGCACUUCCCUCCUUGCCCUCUAGAGAAGGCAGUCCUCCCCCACAAGACUGACCACUCGUGAAACCUGCUGAAGGCAGUCAUGACACCUUAUGCUCCUGGCAGAAUCAGCUUGUCCAUUCAGUGUUAGAGUGACAAUAUUUGACAUGUGUACCUUCUCAGCCUCCUGUUCUCAGACAUAGGUCAGAGCCGCAAGAGAGGACAAAACAGUCCUGUGCUUUAUGGGCUAGGAUUGGAGAUUCUUGGGAGAGCCUUGAGCCACCUAAUCAUUCUGCACCUGCUUGGGAGCAUCAUGCCUUCCUGCCUCAGCUUCAGAGAUUGGGGCUGACUGAGAAAAGGCCCUAUGGCUUGUUCUCAGCCUCAGUGCCGAGCCUGGAAAUGCUUUCUGCAGCAGGAGACUGGUUCUCGUUUCUUCUGAGCCUUGAAGAGAUGUGUCUUACAACUGGAAAGUGCUUCAGUAUAGAACACAUCAUGUGUUUUGUGUUUUUGUUUUGACACAUCCAUUAGUUUGACCUCUUAAGAGCCCCAGGAUCAUGAAUAAAUGUGUCGUGUUGUAUAUUUAUUUUUUUAAUAAAUCAAGAUUUCUGUGUGCUUUUAAAAAUAUUAAAACAAUUUACAUUUCCAGGA